CAAUAACAACAACAAACAUUUGCUUGUAAGAAACAUCGCCUGAUAAAAGUGCGUGUGUGUUUCAGUGAGACUGUAUUUGUGUGAAUUGCGCGUUAAGAAUAGUAAUAUGAGCGUAGGAAACCAAGACAACAAUUAUUUGGAUUGCAGCAAACAACAAAUCCGAAGUUAAUUAAACACGAAACAAAGCAAACAGUGAUUCGAAAAUUCAAAAUUAAUAACAGAUUGUAACUCUUUGGAAUCGGAUUGUCCGCCUGCUUUACCGCUCAAAACCCGCCUCCGCCCAGAAAUCCACAAUGAAUGCAUUGCUACAGCACAAAGGAUCUUCAAUAAAUUUGAAGGCGCACUAUGCGUAUCAGAAUUUCUACAAACGAUAUAUCAAAACAAAUUACUGUGCAAGCAGCGCGACAAAGCAACUACAUCACAGAGCUGGAGCAGCGGGCUCUCCAGAUGCAUCAGCACAAAUCAGACUUAGAUACUUACAGGAUGGCAGUGUGCUCAGCAAUUGUGCGCAACAGUAUCGCUUGGGCUUUCGGCACUUUCAUGCGAGCAGAACGCUGCUGGAGUCCUGCUCCAAGAUCGAUGCCACAGUGAAGAAGCUUAAGAAUCAACAGAAGGAAAAGGUCGAGGAGAUAAUGAAGGAGGUGGCCAAUGGUCAGGCGACGAAGACAGCAAGCGCUGCAGUUGGCAGCAGCAGCGCAGUCACCAGCUCGCUGAGCAGCGACAGCAGCAGCAGCAGCGGCAGCGAUACUGCCAAAGACAAGACCACAGUGGGCACGGCAGAGUCCACUGCGGUGGCAACGUCUGCUGCCACCAGCAGCGCUGUGGCCGAGUCGCCGGACAAAAGCGUUGCCAAGCCAAAGAAGCCCCUGCGACAACGCAUUUGGGAUGAGCUCGUGCAUUACUACCAUGGCUUUCGUUUGCUCUUCAUCGAUACGGCCAUCAGUGCCAAGUUGAUAUGGCGAGUGCUCAACGGCAGAACCUUGACGCGACGUGAAAACAAGCAGCUGCAACGCACCACCUCCGAUCUGUUCCGUCUUAUACCCUUCUCAGUGUUUAUCAUUGUGCCCUUUUUGGAGCUGCUGUUGCCGCUGUUUAUAAAAUUCUUUCCCGGCAUGCUGCCGUCCACAUUUCAAACGGCCAAGGAUCGCGACGAGCGCCUGAGGCAAUCGCUGGGCGUGCGCCUGGAGGUGGCCAAGUUUUUGCAACAGACUCUGGGCCAAAUGCCUGUGCAGCACAAGGAGCACAGCAGCGAGGAGGCCAAACAGUUCGAGGCCUUCUUUCGCAAAGUGCGUGAUCCCACUGAACAUGUGACCACCGAGGAUAUUAUCAAAUUCGCCAAGCGCUUUGAUGAUGAGAUUACGCUAGAUUCGCUCACACGCGAGCAACUCACCGCACUUUGCCGCGUGCUGGAGCUGAACACCAUUGGCACCACCACCUUACUGCGGUUUCAGCUGCGGCUGAAGCUUCGCUCGUUGGCCACCGAUGAUCGCGUUAUCGCGCGCGAGGGUGUGGACUCCUUGGAUCUGUUUGAGCUGCAGCAAGCGUGCAAGGCGCGUGGCAUGCGUGCCUAUGGCCUGACGGCGGAACGUUUGCGGUUUCAGCUCAAGGAAUGGAUCGACUUGUCGCUCAAUGAACAGGUUCCACCCACUUUGCUGUUGUUAUCACGCGCCAUGUUAAUCUCCGAUGACAGCAUUACCACGGACAAGCUGAAGGAGACCAUGCGCGUGCUGCCGGACGCAGUGGCGGCACACACACGUCAUGCCAUUGGCGAGCGUGAGGGCAAAGUGGAUAACAAGACAAAGAUUGAUGUGAUCAAGGAAGAGGAGCGCAAGAUUCGCGAAGAACGCGAGGAGGAGCGCGAGGAAUCGAUUGCCAAGCGCACAGCCAUCAAGGAGGAUCCUGCUGCACCCUAUGUCUUUACCGAGGAGAUUGUUACACCGCUGGACAAAGCACAAGCGCCACAUAUUGCCGAUAGCGAGAAGGUCAUCUCGCCCACGGAUGUACAACUGCUGUCGGAUGCGCUUAAGACGCUUUCGUCGGACAAACAGCUUGUGGUUGAGAAGGAGACAAUCAAGGAGCUGAAGGAAGAGCUGCGCGAUUAUCAGGAAGAUGUGGAAGAGUUGCGUGAGGUGCGUCAAGUGGUCAAGGAGCCAAUACGUGAAAGUCGCGCUGCCAAGUUGCUCUUCAAUCGUGUGAACAAAAUGAUAUCGAAUCUGGACACGGUGCUCAACGAUUUGGAGCAUCGUCAGCAGCAGAUCAAACAGGUGGAGACUGGUGAAGAGCCCAGCACACCCGCACACACAGGCACACCAGUGGUGCAUAUUGAUGAGCUGGUGUCCACGAUACGCCGCAUGAAGGAAGCCUCCGAUGAGGAGCGCUUUAAGGUUGUCGAGGAUCUGAUGAUCAAGCUGGAUGCGGACAAGGACGGUGCUAUAUCGGUGCAGGAGAUCACUAAGCUGGUGCAGAGCAUUGACAGUGAGGCCACCAAAAUCGAGAAGAAGCAGUUGGAGGAGUUUACGGAUAUGCUGGCCAAACAGGCAACCAAGCGACGCAACGAGGAGAUCGUACGCAUCGAUGAUCUCAUGAUGAACCUCAAGAUGCUGAAGGAGACCAGUGACGAGGCGCGUCUUAAGCACAUUGAGCGUGUGCUCGACAAGUUCGAUGCCGACAAGGAUGGCGUGGUGACUGUUAACGAAAUACGCAAGGUUAUGGAAUCCAUUGGACGCGACAACAUUAAGCUGAGCGAGAAGGCCAUUGAGGAAAUGAUUACGCUGCUGGACAAGGAACAGAUACUGGAGGCGGAACAAAAGAUUGAGAAAGCCAUUGCGAAGAGCAUGAAAGAGGCAGAAAAGCUCAAGACCGAAGUUGAGAAGACGGACAAGGAAAUGGCUAAGCUUGUGGAUGGCAUACAUGACUCUGCUAAGGAGAUUCGCGACAUUGCCACCGAACUGGGCGCCAUGGAGGAGAAAACCAAAAACUUCAAACCUGACCCCGAGCUGCAAGACAAAGCUAAAAAGGUGGAGGACAAAGCUGCGGAUUUAAGUGAGCUGCUUUCUUCGCCGCCCAAGAACAACAAGGGCAGUGAUGCCAAGGGCACGCCGAAGGGCGCCAGUGGGGGCAGCGACAAAGGUGUUAAGGGCGACAAAAAGGGCUCGGACGUCACCAAGGCGGUGCUAAGCGAGGCAGCCGAACGACAAAUGGAGAAACUGCUGCCCAAGCAGGACAUCGAGCUGCCGCCCACGAUACCCACAACCACAGCAACUACUCCAAAGUCCGCCAAAGCGACAGCGACGGCAUCGACAAAUGGCGCGAAUGCGACGCAAACGCCCAAGAAGCUAAUCUGACAGGUGCGCAAGCCAUUAACAGCAUCGAAGCUAAAACCGGAUAAUGUACCCAAGGCGAAGUAAGCGAGAGUCUAACCAAUGUCCAUAAUGCUAAUGAUUGCAAAUCAAUUAACUGUUAUCCACUGCAAAAUAGAAAAAGUUAACGAGCAAUUGCAAUAGUCUGUAUUUAAAACUUCUCCAACCGCAAGGCUUUUGUAACAAACAUACAGAAACAACUUCAAUACGAGUAUAUUUCAUAUAUAUGUAUGUAUAUAUCAAACAUAUAUAUACUAUAUACAGCGUGUAAGGCAGGCACCUCAACUUAAACUACUCCACACUAUAUUUAAUGUGUCUACUACAAUAUUAAAACAAAAGAUUAGGUACAAUAAAUAUUUUUUAUUAUUUUUUUGGUUAGUUUUUUUUUCUUUACUUGUUUAUGUGUGUUGGUUGACUUGUCUACUUGCUCUGCAACAAUAUUAGCAAUUGUGAUCAUUAAGCGAAAUGUUAAUUUAGAUGCUAAUUUCUACAAACGAUGCGGUUCGAUGCUCGAACUCAAC